AGUUUUUGUUUUUGUUUUGAAUUCACAUUUCAUAUUAGAGCUCACAACUACGUCAUCUCAACUGCAACCCAGCGUAUUCACUAGCUCUGCGAGAUAGAUCCUUCAAGUGUCACGGAAAAAGAACUGCUGACUAUAAAAGAAUCCUCGCCUAUUUGUUCGCAAGUCCAUAAUUUUUUUAUCAGAACUUUCAUCUAAGAAUUUUCAUCUUACAGUGGCCCUCAUAUCAUAGAUAAGUAACCACCUGUUCAUCCACUAGCUCUAAUUAACUUACCGUUGUCUAUACCAGCACAACAUUAACAUUUUCUACCGCUAUACCUUUCCACCUGUUCCAGCAAACACUAACAGUGCAACCAGCUCUUCCACUUUUUUUACACUAAAGCCAGAAGAUACUCGAGGAUAUACAAUCAACUUUCCUUUGUAUAAUCACAUUUUCAUCUCAUAAAUCAAUAGAAUGUACGCUGCCAAAAGACCCUCCCAGGAGCUUUCGCCUGGGUCUAAACGCCAGCGACUCCACGACAAGCUGCUCUCUGACUACGCAUCAUCAGCUACAGAAACGUGGAUAGCCUGUGGGAACUGUGCCAAUACUUUAGGUCUCGUUGUUCCCGCUAUCAAGUCGUUUGAAAACGCUGUUGUGCAUGAUCCUUCCAAUGCUGCUGCCCUCUGUGGAUUGGCUUCUUCGCUUAGACUUAACGAUAUCAGCCUCAACGAAACGAUAGGAACCCAAAGUGCCAUCGACAAAUUGAAUAAGCUGUUAGAACUGUUUCCCUCUUUGCUCAAGCAGCCAGCAGUUUUUAAGGAGUUGGCAGAAUGUUACUUACUCAUUGGUCUCAACGACCAGGCUCACCAGGCUAUCCAGACGGCUUUGCAACUUGCUGAGACCGAUGCUUCGCUUUGGCUCUUGCUGGCUCAAACAUUAAUACGUGUCGGCGCCAGAAGUCAUGCUGCCGGUUCGUUGACCCACUGUUUGUCGCUUUUACCAGACUCAAUCCAUCAGUUUUCUACUGCUGAUAUCGAAACUGCCAGAGCUGCUCAUGCUGAAUUGGCAGCUAUUGCUGCUGCUGAUGGAAGCAUCGAGUUGUCAAUUGCAGAAUUGACUGCAACUCUUUCUCUUCCACCUCCUCCAUUGUCGAGAAUCGACGAACAUAUUGCUCUCUGGUGUGCUUUAUCAACAGCCAAAGAAAGAGCUAACGAUAUCGCUGGAGCCAUCCAGGCAUGUGAGCAGUCAGAAAAGGCCGUUGGAAUGUCACCACGUAUCUUGAUGACUCACUCGUACUUGCUUCUCUUCAGCAACGACAGAAAUAAUGCCGAAACGGCCAUUAACUUACUUUCUAAAAUCAUUGACUUGGAAAAGGAAAAGGAAUCAGAACAGCCCAAAAACGACGGUGACUUCUUACCGUGGUACUUGCUCGGAAAAGCGUAUUCUCUCGUAGACCAACCUCGGUUGGCAUAUGAUUCUUACCAGGUUGCUUUACGUAGAGCCUCGAACUCGCCCAUCACGUGGCUCGCUGUAGGGAAGUUGUAUUUGGAGUUGAAGCAGUUGCCCGAUGCCUUGGCAGCCUAUUCGCAGGCGUUACGGUUGCAAAUCGAUGAAAGCUCACCCGGAACUGCUACAGCUUGGGACGGUUUGAGUUGUGUCUAUGAAAGAUGCGACGACCAGCUUAUGGAUGCCUCUGAUGCUUGUGCCAGGUCUGCCUCUUGUUUCAAGGUGAUAGGUGACUUGAAGUCUGCCGCCUUCUUUGAAGAAAGAGCUGAACUUUUGGCUAAAGUAUCGAAAAAAGAAGCUCCUGUACCAGAAUUGAGAGAUCCUCCAGAUGUUCCCAGCUUCUUGUUGAGAGACCUUGUAGCCUUGUUGCCUUCUGAGAGAAUUGCCUUUAUACAAGGUCCUCAACAACAAGAGCAAACUCAACAACCUCAACAACAGCAACAACAGCAACAACAGGGUACACCUUUACAACAGACUCCAAAUCCACAGCAUCACCAACCUCAACACAGUCCUGCUAUUUCCAUGAUUCAACUGCAGCAAACUCCACAACCACCUCAGGCUCAUUAUCCUCAACCUCAGCAACAACAGCCUCAACGUACUCCUCAGCAACAUCUUUUCCAUCAGGGUUUCAAACAGGAACAAAAGUCGCCCAGACAGCAGCAGAUUCCUCCUCAGUUGCCUCCUCCACAGAUUCAGCAAGUUUGGUCUCCAAAUCAACAACCACAAUACUUCUAUCAACAGGGUCCUCCACAGGGUCCUCCAGCAUUGCACCACCAGGGAGGUCCAGCUGCUCCGCCUUCUUCUCAUCGUUCACCUUUGAAUCCUCAACUCAUUCCGGCGGGAACUUACCCCGUACCAGCACCUCCUGGUGUAGCACCUCCAGGUUAUCCAUAUGGUCAAUACGUACCUGUACAAGGUGGUGUAAUGACUCAUAUCCAACAACAGUAUGCUCCACCGGUGAACAACUGGAGAAGAUAGGCAUUGUAUUAUAUUCGCUCAGGAAGUAUGUAUUAAUAAACACGGGCCAAAGAAG